AUUAUUAUUGGUGAAACAAAUAAAAAAUGGACCAAUCCUAAGUUUAGUAUACUAGACUAAGCUCAUGCGCAGAACGACAACGAGUAAUGUAGAAAUUUAGUCGAAUACGCCAUGCUGAAUCGGAUUGUAAGUCCUUAACAUCAUUUUAACAUAAUGUCUGUAGCUGAAUUUCUGAAAGGACUACCUUCGCACGACGAAAACAAUUUUGCAAAUUUUCACACUGACAGUAAUAAUCGAACAUGUGUCAAAAGACCCUCUGUUUAUUUGCCAACUAAGGAUUAUCCUUCAGAACAAGUUAUAGUUACCGAAAAAACUACCAUUCUCUUGAGGUAUUUACACCAACAAUGGGAUAAAAAGAACGCAGGAAGAAAACGAGAACUUUUAUCAGUUAACGCUGAUCUACAAGAAGAUGGAACAAACAAUCGUUGUAAAAGACCCCGGGUUGAUCUCAAUAAUUCUCUUUAAGUUUUACCCCCGUAAGAAAGUAAUUAUAACUAAUUAUGCGAAGAGAUCAAUGACUUGAAAUAUUACUGAACACACAAAUUUAUUAAAAAUUAUUAUUUUAAUUUUAGAAAAUAAUGUUCACUAAAAUUACGGUAAAUUAUCAUGUUUCUUCCGUAUCACGAUUGUUUGUCUAUUAAUUAUUAAUAUCAGGAUCGAUUAUUCUUUUUAAAUUAACAAGUAUAUUUUUCUGACAACCAAUGACAGUGAUCAAUUUUAAUGAUGAGAUUUGUGAAACAAGACGAUACUGACAAACAUUUUGUUUUAAAAAAAUCACAUCACAAUUAACUGAACUUAAACUUUAUAGCAUUUAUUGCAAUAUUUUUUAUUAUUUGUUUGUAAUUUAAUAUUAAGGAAUAUAUUCCAAUCAUGGAAUUAUUUGCCAUUUGAAUUUUGCGAAAUUAUCAAGUGGUUAUGUUAAAGAAUUGUGCGACAUAAUUUUACAAUAACUUUUAUCAUGAAAACAAUAAUGUUUUAUAAUUUUAUUUAAGUAUAAUGUCUGAUUGAAGUUAAAUAUUAUUGUAAAUUAUGUAACAUCUAUAUUUAUAAAAUCAGUUCAUAAAUUUUUGAAAUCCUUAAA